CAAAUGGAGAGAACUAUAAGGGAAGGAUACGAAGUCUGAACGUUUUGCAGAGAAUAACUGAAAAGUCACUUCAGUUGUACCCCUUAACUGCUCUUCAACUCAAACGCCCCUCACACAUUCUUCACCUCUUUCUCAUUGUGUUUCAAAAAAGCAAAAGAAAUAAGUAUGGUGUUGGAGUAUCCAUCACCUGAUGAUCAUCAACCACCUUCAACUUCAAGGGCUAUUCAUCAUCAGAUUUCUGGCUCCACUCAACUAACUAUCCCUUCGGUUGGUUACAUGGCCCCUCGUUUUCAAGAUUCUAUCAAUGUGCGUGAGUCAAUGUGGAAAGAGAUUGAGAAGGAGCGUAUUAGGGAAGAAAUUAUCGCAGAAGAGGUUGCUCGAAGGCGAAUGUUGGAGCUCGAAGUAAGAAGAGAGCUUAUGAUGGAAGAAGAUAGAAGAUUUGCUUCAUUGGAUUUUUCUACAAGGUUUCCAUUCUUGAACCAACAGGCUAACACCAUGUCGCUUGUAUCUGGACUGGGUGCUAGACAUGCCACGGAACAGAUUCCGGAGGUGCCUUUCCAGCACCGUGCUGUGGAACCAAAUGUUUCAACAUUGACUGCAGAGCAGAAGAUUUUACAAGUGCAGCCCUCUUUAGAGCCUGGCUUGAGGAAAGAGAGUGGAGUCUUGUUGGUUCGUGUUCUUCCUUAUUGUCGCCCCUAUUUAUCUGUAUAUUAGUUUAUGGGUUCUGAAUCACAAUAAUUUUUGUUUACAGGGUUCUUGAUAUAUUAUAUGAAUUUUUAACACUGGAGUUUUGCUAAACCCGUAGCUAAAGGGCUGGUUCCCCUAUCUGUCGAUGUUAUUCAGUUGCGAUGCUG